ACAAAUACCGAUCUGUUCAACUCCAGUAUCUACAGACAACAUCGCACUAUAAAGACAAGCAGUAUUCAUGCAAACGUUGGAUAGCGGAGCUCAGGUGAUACUGCUGAACAAAGGGUCAUCGUUGUCCAAAAUUGACCAAAAGUGAACGUAGAGACCUCUAUUGUGUCCAAUGUCCAAGGACUAAUUUGGAUCAUAGUGUCAAACUCCUUGAAACAAACCACCUUGUUCAAACAUUUAAAAAACUGGACCAGGAGUUCAACGAUUGGUUGAAGAAGGGUAACAGUGAAAGGAAGGUAACAGUUAUCAGGAAUAGUCAGAAAAGGAAAUAAGUGUUGAUUCCAGUUGAAAUUAUUUUGAAUAACGUGACGCCAUCAAAACUGAAGAGGAUUAACAAGCGAAAUUUGUGACCGGAAGUGUGAAAGAGACGGGAGUUCAGUCAGUUUACUGCAAGGAUACCACCAUCUGACCAGCGAUGCGACUCUUGACCAUUGUCCGCGCCCUGCUGGUGAGGCUGUUGUUCGCCACCCAUGGCUUCAUCGCCAUCUGGAGACUGUACAUGGUAAAGGGGAAGAUAUGGUGCUGGUACCUGUCUGCGGCUCUGGCUGGUCUGUUGAUUGAGACCAUUGUUACCCUAUGCAAGAAGAAGGGCAAGGAAUGGAAAUGGUUUUGUCCGAGCGUGUUCUUCUAUCUCGGGAGCGUUGUCCCCGCUAUCUGGUUCCUGGAACUUCAUGCCAUGGAAGAGCGGAUUGCAGAGAAGGAAAAUUUCAACACCACCAUCAUCGGUCGCAACAACACCGCCGAGGAUCUUAGCAUGACCAUUGCAGAACUGGGGCUUGAGAUCAACAUCCCUCUCUCUCUGGACGCGGACCUCUGGCUCCGAACCAUUGAACAGUUCCUCCUGCUCAUGCUCAUCGUUGGGCGAUGGAUGUUGCCCAAAGGCGCCCUGUCACAUGACCAGCUGUCUCAACUCCUAUUGGUCUACGUGGGCACGGCUGCUGAUAUAGUCGAGUUUUACGAGGCCUUCAAUGAGGAGGAGGUAAAACACAACCGCCUGCUGUGCUACAUAAUUCUGGGAAUAUGGUCCGCAAGUCUCAUCCAGUUCACGUUAGUUCUCACAGCCACGAGAGCUCGUCGAGACCAGUCCGGCGUUCCCACACAGUACAACAAGGAGGAAGAAGGUGGAUGCUGCAAUCCGGAAAUCUACGGAAUCAUGAUUUCCAUUGCCUUACAGGAUCUUCCCUUCCUCGUUGUGCGCAUGCUCCUCAUCUUCAAAUACGGUGUCGUGAGUUACACCAAUAUGUUUUUCACCUCCAAGAACUCUCUAGUCAUCGUGUUGUUGAUGUAUCGUCUGGUCGUGGUCCAGAUGGAGGCGGUCAAGUCGGACAAGACCACCCCUUCCCCAACGCGACAGUCACGUGUUCAUGACAUGCCGAUCUACGACGGUAAGGCCAGCCUUAUCUCCCCUGAUCGAGCACCGAAUGUGUAUGCCUCAAAUCCGAGAAGACCGCCAAAAUUUCGACAACAGGAAAAUUCCAAAGUUUGACGUGAUUUUACGUGUUCUGAAACUCUAAGCGUUCGGAUGGAUACACAUAUUCUUAUUCUUAUGCAGAAUAUUAAACUGGUGACUAUAUCUCUGCCUGGUUAUACUACAUGUGACAGCAGCCCUGAACAUGUAUUUCAUAAUCUGAGACUAGUUCUGAACUGUUGGAACCAGUUGUAUCUGGUUUAAUGGAUGUUGAGAAGACAGCGUGAGUUCUAUAUUUUCAUGGAAUAUUUAAAUGAAUUGGUUUACCAAUGACAUACUUUAUUCAGAAUUUGGUGAAAUUGUUUUGUUUAGAUACAUGACUGUAACAGGAAGCUGUGGUGCAUUUUUGUUAAAAGCCAUGUAUAUAUACUGCCUACGGACCGAUUAUUCUCUAGUGUUUGGGGUGAGCUGAGAUUUUGCUAGUGAUAGGAUAUAUUAUUGGUCAAUGUUUCAAGUUACGCAAUUUAUUUCUGUAAAAGGAGAAAAAAUAUUUGUUUGCCUGAUGAAUAGUAUUUCUGAAAAGAAUUAUUUUUUUCACAGAUACCAGCAACCAAACACCACCAUAUUAUUAAAUGGUCUCCCCUUUCACGCCUGACACAUUACUAUCAUUUACCUUUAGCAUUCGUGUUCUUAGAUUCAUUAGAGAGUUCCUAGUUUAGUUCCACUUUUUCAGAAUUAUCAGGUUUUGUAAGGAAUCAGGACAGUGAGUUCACCACCAUCUUCCUGUGAGGAUUCCAUUCUCC